AGCUCUAGUGUGUAUGGCAGCGGCGGCGGCGGUGCCCAGCUUUGGGGAGCUGGGCGUGCGCGAGGAGCUUGUAGACGCCUGCACCAAGCUCGGAUGGAAGGCACCCACGCCCAUCCAGGUGGAGGCGCUCCCGCUGGCUCUGCAAGGCCGGGACUUGAUCGGCCUCGCGCAGACUGGAUCCGGGAAGACAGCGGCUUUCGCGCUGCCUAUACUUCAAGCGCUGUUCCAGCAGUGCCACCCAUUCUUUGCGUGCGUCCUGUCUCCCACCAGGGAGCUGGCCAUCCAGAUAUCGGAGCAGUUUGAAGCGCUAGGAUCACAAAUCGGCGUCAGGAGCGUGGCUAUUGUUGGAGGUGUCUCUAUGGUAGAUCAGGCUGUUGCGCUGGGCAAGAACCCGCAUAUUGUGGUAGCCACACCUGGAAGGCUGCUGGAUCACCUCACAAACACAAAAGGCUUUAGCUUGCGAAACGUCAAGUACCUGGUGCUUGAUGAAGCGGACAAGAUCCUGCACAACGAUUUCGAGAAGGAGGUCGAUGAGAUCCUCAAGGUUGUCCCUCGGGAGAGGAAGACGUUCCUCUUCUCUGCUACAAUGACAAACAAGGUGGCAAAACUUCAACGAGCCUGUCUUCGAAAUCCGACAAAGGUGGAAGUCUCCUCCAAAUACACUACCGCUCUUACCCUGAAACAAGAGUAUGUCUUUGUUCCUGCCAAGCACAAGGACUGUUACUUUGUAUUCCUGCUAAACGAGAUGGCGGGGAGUACGGCAAUGGUUUUCACAAGAACCUGUGACAGCACGAGGCGGCUGGCAUUGAUUCUCCGUAGCCUUGGAUUCGGUGCUAUCCCCAUCAGCGGCCAGAUGAGCCAGUCCAAGCGCUCGGGUGCCUUGUUGAAGUUUAAAGCUGGCGACAGAAACCUGCUCAUAUGUACUGACGUCGCCAGUCGUGGCCUCGACAUCCCAUCUGUGGAUGUGGUCAUCAACUACGACAUACCAACAAACUCCAAGGAUUACAUACAUCGCGUAGGAAGAACGGCCCGAGCUGGGAGGUCCGGGCGUGCAAUAUCCAUUGUCACCCAGUACGACGUGGACCUGUACAAGAGGAUAGAGGACUUGAUUGGCAUGACUCUCCCCGAGUUUCCAGCAAAGGCGGACGAGGUCUUGUUACUCGAGGAGCGCGUCAGUGAGGCGCAGAGACUAGCUGCAAUGCACAUCCGAGAGAAGGACGCGUCCAAGAAAUCCAAGAAGCGGCGGAACGGCGACGACGAUGAGGCAGACGAUGGUGGCUAUAUGGCUGGAAAGAGGAAGCAGUCGAAGAAGCGCUAGAAGGAACACGUCCUGGUGAAGUACUGGCGCUGGGGAGGCAGGGUGGCCACAAGCCUCUUGCUGCGCAAGUCGAUCUCUCGGGCCUCUUGACAGAAGGCGCAGGGGAAGCACAGGCAGUGGACGCAGCAGUCACAGAGAGGAGACUCUGGGAGGUGGAACACGGAUCGCAGCUUGCGCCUGUACCAGCACGAGUAUGCGCAUCCGCACAGGCACGGCUGGAGGAGGAACCAGAGCAGACAGGCAGCCACGCACGAAGUCUGGCCCCCGUCGAGAAUCUCCACGUUCCUUCCCAGCGCCACACAGGGGCACAAACAGCCCAAGACACAAGUGGGGAUGUCUGUCAAGCAAUCGCACAAACCCGACUGCCACCCCUCCUCGUCGCCGCCAUCACCACCACCGCCGGACACAAACCCCGCCUCCGCGUAUCGUUGAUAGGCAGCCGCAUAGGCCUCGUCGCCACUGGAAGCCAUCGCCGAUCGCCAAAUAGUAUCAACCCUAGCUUAAAUUAAAUCCCUUUGAAGACCA